CAUGAUGGUGAUGCCGCGGCGCCUCCAGCCCAGGUCGAUUCGGCUCUGUACAAUCGAAGGCGUCGCCGACAGUCCCUCCCUCAACGUGCCCAUGGUCCAGCCUCUUCCAUUGAUCCAACUUCUCCGGAAGUUAUUUCGUCUUUGAUCUCAUCCCUCUCUGCGAUUUCCGUGCCCCUGAAUUCCCAUUUUGAUAGCGUGCCGCGGAUUGACUCGAAGGAUAGCUCACCUGGAUUGCCAGAAGUACCACAUACGGCACCCUGUUUCACAAUUCCUCCAUCAGAGCAGAAUGGCCUAGGAAUGAGCUACGGAAAUCAGGCGUUGGCAGAGGAGCCGCCGCAUGGCCCUUUUUUGCACCCGGACGAUGCCGCAGUCGGUCCUGUUAUCCGCAUGGCCAGAGCAGCGCCAUUACCAAAGAGCCCCCGCUCGCCCAAAUUCAAGCCCGUCAAACCAUCUGAGUCCUCUCGUCCUGCAUCAAAGGAUUCUUACACCUCUUUAAAAGCAUCUGAUAGUACUGUAUUUGGGACAAUAAGUACUGAACCGGGUCCUCUUGUCUCGAGGGCUGCCAGUAUCAAGUCAAAUGGUUCACGCAUGAGUCUCAGGGAUUCAAUUGGGCUGUUCAGAAAAUCGUCGCGCGAAUUGACAAAUGAUAAGGAACCACACGGCGAUCGCCCCCACAAGGCAAGCAGUCUGAAUGAAAAUGCGGGACAGAACUUUCCUCGCAAUAGAGCUAGCUUGCGCUCUAUGUAUUCAAUGGGGGAUGUGGCAGAAGAAACUAGCCUCAAACAGAUAAGCGACCAUCGUGUCGCAAGUACUCCGUCGUCUGGGGAAUUCUCAUCGCCCCAGGACACCCCUGAUCAAAACCCCGGCGGAAUCGGAAGCGGUCGCGCCAUUCCAAAGCGCAACUUUUCCAUGAAACAGGGCGAUGGUGGAUCUCCAUCGAGGAAUCGCCUGUCUAUGCAUCAUCGCCGAUAUUCUUCCGCUACCAUUAAAAACUCUAGCGCGGGGAAUGGAUCACCAGGAACGGGCAAUGAUGCGGACCCGGUUACACGCAGGAUCCAAGAGGUCAAAGAUCAGCAGCAACGAAUCCAGACUGAGCUUAAAGUUGACAACAGUCCUGCCAAAUACUCUCGCACACAUACGAAGCAGGUGCAGACCCCGCGUAGCUCCAGUCACAGUCAAAUUAGUGCACAGAGUCUCAAAACAUUUGGAUCUCUCAUAAAUGAGAGCGCACCGUCGCCAUCCGUUAUGACGGGCAAGAACCGACAGGGGAAACCUGGUGGUGCGCCUUUAGUAUCCAAGAUGACUCAAUUCCCACUUCCGCCAACAGAAAAGCCCUUGUAUGAACCGUCCAUGCGAUCUAUGGAGCAGGCUACAACUCCAAAGAACCACCGACGCACACCAUCUGGUCCGAUCUUGACUGAUCGAGUUUCUUUCAAUAACGAGAGACCGUCCAGUGCAGACUCCAUUGAUUUGGCAGUAUAUGAUUAUGUUACGUCCCCGAAAUUGACCCAAAAAGUGAUACACCCCGCCUCAGGCCGUACUAUUGCGUUUUCUGAAGUCGGUGAUCCCAAGGGCCAUGUUGUACUGUGCUGUCUCGGCAUGGGUCUCACUCGUUAUCUCCCAGCCUUCUACGAUGAACUGGCACGAACAUUGAACUUGAGGCUGGUGACUUUGGACCGCCCUGGUGUCGGCGAGAGCGAAGCACAUCGGCAUGACGAAUCGAGUAGUCCUCUGAGCUGGCCUGAUGAUGUUGCCAUCGUUUGUAAUCAUCUGCGAGUGACCAAGUUCUCUAUCCUUGCUCAUUCAGCCGGAGCAAUUUACGCUCUUGCAACCGCACUUCGAAUCCCCCAGCAUAUACGUGGGCGUAUUCACCUCUUGGCUCCAUGGAUCCCUCCUUCACAACUUUCCAGGAUCGGCUUCCAAAAGGAUCCUGCUCCCGCAAACGCAGUUCCUUAUUCUGUACGGAUUCUUCGUGCUCUUCCAACAUCUCUUCUCAAGGUAGCCAACACUAGUUUCAUGAGUGCCACUAGUGCUAGCAUAACGACCAGUCUUCCCAAAUCCCCGCGUCGAGUAAAGAAGAAGCCUGGGAAAGAGACUACGGAUAAGGAACUUGUCUCCUCACCGGGGUCUUUGGACGUGCAAACAAAUCCUACAAAUGAGGAUAUCGCGCCAUUGACUGGCCUGCAGCCAUCGGCUAUCCCUAAUGCCGCCGGGUACAAAAAAAGUGAUGCCACCAUCGGGACUCCCGUUAAAUCCCCUGAAGAGGAGCGCGAACGUCAACAAGAUUAUGAUAUUCGACUCACUCACAAGAUUUGGGGUCUGGCCACAACAAAUGCCAAUCCAGCAGUUGACCUCUUGAUCUGUCUGGAACGGCGCCAGACCAUCGGAUUCCAGUAUGUGGACAUCACACGAUCUGUCGUGAUUCAACACGGCAGCAAGGAUACUCGUGUUCCCAUGGAAAGUGUCCAGUGGCUUGGCAAGACCAUGCGCCGAUGUGAAGUACGAGUUCUCGAAGGAGAAGGCCAUGGUCUGAUGGCUUCUGCCGCUGUCAUGGGCAGCGUCUUGACAGAAAUUGCCAAGGAGUGGGAAGACUGGACUACUGUUGUCCAAGGCAAACGCCGAGCGACAGUCACAGCUCGUCCCAAUGCACGACCUGGACUUGCUCAAAGAUGA